GGCGGGGCUCAGACGGUGACACCACGGAGCCGGCGAUGGCCGACGGCGGCGGGAAGAGGGAGCGCCGCUCGUACCCGGGACAGAAUCUGCUCCUCUCCUCCGCGCCCGAGCUCAGUCUCUCGGCCCCGGCCACGCUGCUGCCCGUGGUGACGGGCGCCGAUCCCGCCGCCGCCGCCGCGGCUGCGCUCGAUGAUGGCGUUGAAGCGGGCGAGGAGGACAGCUUCGUGGGCCAGGCUCCGCCGCCCACGUUCAGCUUCUUCUCUCAGGCCGCCCACGCGGCCCACGCGGCCCACGCAGACCCCUUCGCCUCCAUCGUGCACCCUGGGCCCCCCAAUCCGGGGAGUUCCAGAGCCCCCCAGUCGGGAGCCCCCCAGUCCGGGUCGCCCUACUCCGGCUCCCCCUACACCCGGAGCCCUGUGCCGUUCACGGGGUCAGAGGGUGCAGCGGGAAAUGGGGGCGACGGCAAACAGCCUCUUCCCACCUCCCGUGGUCCCAGCCCCACGGCCGGAGCCGGCCUCAACCCGUACCGCCACACCGCGCUCAGCAGCCGGGCCAACCCUUACGUGCCCCCCCCACAGAUGGUGGGGGGUGGGGGCGGGCCCCCCCCCCUUCCCAUGAACCCCCCACAGCAACCCCAGGCCGGCGCGACUCCGCUCACAAGCAGGCAGACCCCACCCCCCUUUGGGCAAGCCCCACCCACAGUGGGCUACGUCCCUCCUCCCGCCAGUUACACCCCCCCCAUGACUGGAUACACCGCUCCCCCUGCAGGUUACACCCCGUCCACGAGCGGAUACAAUCCUCCCGCAAGCGGAUACAGUCCUCCCACUGGCGGAUAUGCUCCUCCCACUACUAGUUUUGCCCCUCCCAUGACCGGUUAUGCCCCUCCCACUACCGGAUAUACCCCUCCAACUACCGAUUAUGCCCCUACCGGUUAUGCCCAUCCCACUACCGGUUAUGCCCCUCCCACUACCGGAUAUAUUCCUCCUACCACAGGUGGCUAUGCGCCUCUCCCAGGUAGCCAGUCACUACCCACCUUUGGCCAAACCCCGCCCCCCCCAAGUCAAAUCCUGCCUCCUGGGGGUCAGCCUGCACUGUCCCCCGGGGCCCAGCCCCCACCCCCCGGGCUGGUGUACGAGGCGGUGCAGCACCACUGGUUCUUCUGCCGCAGCGUGGAGGGGAAGGAGGUGUGGACGCCGUUCAGCCUCUAUGACUCGCUCGCCCUGGAGGAGGCCUUCAACUCUGUCCACCCGGACCCGGAGAGCGUGGUGGUGUCCACUUUUGGCGGGCGCUACGACGUGAGUCUGUACGAGCGCGAGCGACGCGCCGUCUACUGGGACGAGGCACCGGGGGAAGUGCGGCGCUGCUGCUGGUUCAGCAAGGGGGAUGCGGAGGCGCGCUUCACUCCCUACGGGGAGGAGUUCAGCGAGCAGAUCGAGGCUGAGUAUAAGAAGACGAUUGAAAACAACUCAUGGCACCGGCGACUAGAGUUCCCGUCGGGAGAAACGAUCGUGAUGCACAACCCCAAGGUGAUCGUGCAGUUCUCCCCAUUGUCUCCGCCGGACGAGUGGGGGACGACUCCGGAUGGCGCUGCUCGUCCACGCGUGGUGAAGCGCGGCAUCGACGACCUCGCCGAACAGAUCCCCGACGGGGAGGUGGGGGAGGUGGACCACCUGGUAUUCAUGGUGCAUGGCAUCGGCCCCGUGUGCGAUCUCCGCUUCAGGACCAUCGUGGAGUGCGUGGAUGAUUUCCGCAGUGUGUCUCUGGCGCUGCUGCAGAGUCACUUCCGCCGCGGCAUGGAUGAGCAACGCGUGCGGCGUGUCGAGUUCCUGCCAGUGCACUGGCACCGCGCGCUGCACGGCGACGCCACGGGCCUCGACCGGCAGCUGAAGAAGAUCACGCUGCCCAGUAUCGGGCGUUUGCGCCACUUCACCAACGAGACGUUGCUGGACAUCCUCUUCUACAGCAGCCCCACCUACUGCCAGACCAUGGUGUCCACUGUGGGCGGGGAGCUCAACCGCCUGCACCGCCUCUUCCUGCAGCGCAACCCGACCUUCCGCGGGCGCAUCUCCCUCGCCGGGCACAGCCUCGGCUCGCUCAUCCUCUUCGACCUCCUCUGCAACCAGAAGGAGGUGGACAUCGCGAACGGAGAAGCGGCCAAGGCCGAGGGGCCUGGCAGGGAUGAAACAGGCGAGGGCGGCGGUGGUGCUGGCGGCUGCGGCGAAGGUGGCGGUGACGACGACAGUGAGGAGGAGGAAGGAGGAGCCCCCCCCGGAUUAGAGGGGGCUCUAUCCUCCCUGGGACUGGACGACUUCCGUGCCGUGCUGGAUAGGGAGAGGGUGGAUAUGGAGUCGCUGUUGCUGUGUAGUGAGAAUGAUCUGAAGGAGAUGGGAAUUCCUCUGGGACCUCGGAAGAAACUGUGCGGAUUUGUGAAGGAGAGAGUGAGUGCACAGAAGCGGCGCCAGUCAGAGCGCGAGCGCCGGCGAGCGGCACGGUCGGCGUCGCCGGCGCCUGUGGGGGGUGGGGCCUCAGCAGAGGGGGCGCGGGGCCAGCUCUGCCGGGGGCUGUCGGGCGCCGUCUCAUCGCUGCACGUCGACUACCAGUGCUUUGCAUCAGGCACCGGACAGGUGUCUGUGCGUUAUCCCCGUUUGGAGUUCUCUCCGCGGAGCUUCUUUGCUCUGGGCUCACCAAUCGGCAUGUUCCUCACCGUGCGCGGCCUGGACAGCCUGGACCAGGCCUUCCGCCUCCCCACGUGCCCCGGUUUCUACAACAUCUACCAUCCGCUGGACCCCGUGGCGUACCGGCUGGAGCCUAUGAUUCUGCCGCACGUGGACCUGAAGCCGGUGCUCAUUCCUCACCACAAGGGGCGCAAGCGGCUCCACCUGGAGCUGAAAGACACCAUAGAGUGGAUGGGGACAGACAUGAAAGAGGAGCUGAAGGAGAGCCUCACGCGAAUGGGUUCAGAGUUGAAGCAGGGUGUGCUGAGCUCGCUGCGUUCCGCGUGGCAUGUGCUGCACGAGUUCGCACGCGCGCACAACUCCCCGUCGCCCGAGCUGCAGGCCGAGCUCCGCGAAGUCGCCGAGCAGAUCCGCCAGCAGCAGCAGCAGCAGGACGAGGAGACACAGCCAGCUAAGUCCCCCGAUGAGGGAGAGCCUCCACCAUCCCCGACGCUGACGAGCCUGCGCGUCGGGGCGCUGAACGGUGGGCGGCGCGUGGACUACGUGCUGCAGGAGAAGCCCAUCGAGAGCUUCAACGAGUACCUGUUUGCUCUGCAGUCCCACCUGUGCUACUGGGAGUCUGAGGACACUUCUCUGCUCAUCCUGAAGGAAAUCUACCGGGACUUGGGGGUUCGACCUGAAACCCUCCAGUGAUGGUUGCAGUCCCCUUCCUCACAGACACCCCACCCUCCCCACUCCUCCUCCCAGACCUCCCGAGUAGGAUCGGCUCACACGGAGAUCAAGUCUUGCCCUCUAUGCAGAUCCAGCAGUGGAUUGACAAAACGAGCUGUACCUGUAACACCCGUGUCAGGCCUGGUAUUGUUAGGGUUAGGGUUAGACUCAUUAAGGUCGCAUCUUGUGAAAGAUUUUUGUCAAGCUAGGGCAAGGAACCCGCUCCUGAGGGUUCAAUUCAGUUCCACGAAGAAGCUGCCAGUACCCGGAGUGAAACGUCGGGCACCGUGCAGAACAAAGCACGGUACGACCCGAAAACGCAUCGCAGAGAUGAGAGCUGCCACAGAAUGCUGUUAGAGCUGUGAUCAGGCCCAUUGGAGCCAUUUGGACGAGGCCCACUCCUUCCUCCAUGCUCGGGGUUGGGGUCAGGCCCAGUGCAGUGACGGCAUUGCCAUUCUCUGUGCUUACGACAGCCGGGUCUCCCCGCACUGUGCUCCUGGUCUGAGAUGAAGGCUCAUCGGGCAUUGAGGUCUCACCCUGGCCUCACUGGGCUUCACUGGGCCUCACUGGGCCCUCUGCUUUUGCAUCUCAAGCUUUAAAUGUGCAGUAUUAUGAUGGUAAUUAUUUUAUUGUUAUCUAGCAGUGGACACUCGGCACCCUUAGAGCCCUGGGACUACUUGGCUCAGGGGGUAGUUGCUUUCAAUAACUUAGGUGAUCAUCUCCCUAAUUUGACACUGAUUAAAAACAGGAGCCAAUGGGAAAUUUCAACCUUAAGUAUUUUUGUGCAAUUGAGCAUUGAGGAGAGAGAAAAAAAACUGAAAGGGAAAUUAACCAAAUGAGUUUCUCACCAAGCCCAUCGAUUCGUCGCUUGGAGGGACACCAUGGCCAUGGUGAGGAGUGAGGGAGGGAGGCCUCCACAUGGGAGAGGGGCCUGGUCUGGGUUGGUCAGUUUGAGCCCAGGGUUGGUUUAGUCCAGGGAGGUCGGCAACCAAAAUAACAAGAAUUCGGUAACAACAAAAAUCUCUAUUUCAAGACCCGCAAUGCACGUGGUGAAUACAAGUGACAGUGGUUCAUAAAUAACGUCACGAAGCAGUCACUUAAAGAGCCGCACGCAGGUUGCAGACCCCUGAUCUAGUUGGUACAGAUCUAGGCGUGUUAAGUCUAUUCUAGCCGCACCCUGGUUUAGUUUGAGGCAGUGCACACUUAGACCUGGUUUAUUCAAUUCUAGCCUAGGCCUGCUUAAUUCACUUCUAGCCGGAGUCUGGUUUAGGCAGUGGAGUAUUAGGCGUGGUUUCGUCUAUUCUAGCCCCGGUCUGGUUUAGUCAGUUAUAGCAUUGGUCUGGAUUCGUCAAUUCUAGACUAGCCAAGGUUUAAUAUAUUCCAUUCUAGGCCUGCUUUAAUAAAUUAAAGUAAGCUCAGGUUUAAUACAUUUUAGUCUAGGCCUGGCUGCGUCAACUAUUAGCAUCCGGCUGGCUCAGACAAUUUAAACCCAGGCCGAGUUUACGCAGUGGCAAGCCUCCAGUGGAGGCCUUGGCCUAGUGUCCGGGGUGCCUCUAGGGCCAAUCGUGGCCAUGAUGGCCGCAGUGUGGAGGUGUCUGGGGGAUGCUGUGGGACUGGUCCGGAGUCUGCGAUACUCUUGAGCCGUGUAGACCCAUGCGAUAAUUGCAUGAUGGUGUAGAUGACGACGAUGACGAUGAUAAUGGUGGUGAUCGUAAUUAAAUUGCAGGUUUUGAUGCUUUUGAGUCUGUGCUUGCUGCCCAGACAUGUAUAAUUGUAACCGGCUAGAGAGAAAUUUGAUUAAAUAUACGAUGUGUACA